AUGGACACUGAUUUUUUCCAUGGUCUAUGGAAUGGAAAGAGAGCAUGUGCAGGGCCUUGGGGUUUAAUCCCAAUUGUACUCAAACAGGAUCUAUAUAAGGGGGAUGCCAUCAUGGUGAUUGGUGUUCGCCCAAAAUAUUUUAGACAAUUAAUUUUCGUGUUGGCUGCCCUUAUUGGUGUUGCUUUGGCUGGAUACGACGAUUAUGGUUAUGGAGAUUAUGUUGCUGUUUUAGUUGCCUUUGUAGGUGUUGCCUUCGCUGGUUACGAUGGAUAUGGUUAUGGAGGUCACCAAGAUUAUUAUUAUCCUCAACCUUACAAGUACGGCUAUGAAAUUAAUGACUACUAUGGAAACCAGCAAUGGAAACAUGAAAACAGUGAUGGUUACAAUAAUGUAGUUGGUGGUUAUGGCUACAGAGAUGCUUAUGGUAUCUGGCGUACAGUAAGAUAUGUGGCUGACGGCUAUGGCUUCAGGGCUGAGGUUUCCAGCAAUGAACCUGGGACUUCCAACCAAGAUCCUGCUCAUGUUUAUUCCUAUUCAGACGCUAAUUACGGAUAUGGAGGUCAUUAG